AUGUCAUCUCAACGUCGUAGAGCAUCCACGAUUGAGGAGAAAGGUGCAAUAAUAGCCAGAUUGAAAAAUGGAGAAUUGAACCAAUCUCACGCAAAGGAAUUUGGCGUGAGUCAUUUGACAAUCUCAGUGAUUCUCAGAAACAAGGAUGGGAUUAAGCAAUCGUUCAAUUCAAACGUUUUGAAACCGAAGCAGCUUCGAAAAUCGCGACUAGAAAAUGUUGAUGAAGCGUUAAUUCGGUGGUUUAAAAUCACGAGAAACAAAGAAAUACCUAUCAGCGGCCCUAUGCUACGGAAAAAGGCGCAUGCUUCCGCCGCGCGUUUUGGUAUUCCCGAAUUCAAUUGUUUCGCAAGCUGGAUCAGUCGUUUUGAGGGUCGACAUAACAUUGUGGCGGGAAAAAUUGUCGGUGAAUCUUCGUCUGUUGAUCAAAAUUCAACAACGAACUGGUUGACGUCUGUAUGGCCGAAUCUACGAAGACAAUUCUCUGAUGAUGAAAUAGUUAAUGCUGAUGAAACUGGACUGUUUUACAAAUCAAUACCGAACAAAACUCUGAAAUUUAGAGGUGAGAAUUGUAGUAGAGGCAAGAUGUCGAAAAAUAGAAUAAGUGUCAUGGUAGCAGCCAAUAUGAGCAGCACGAAAAAAAAAAAAUUGCUUGUUGUUGGGAAGUCAGAAAAACCAAGACGUUCUAAAAGUAUCAAAUCGUUGCCUGUCGAUUAUGCUAACAAUCAUAGAGCUUGGAUGACGUCAGAAAUUUCUGGAAAAUGGCUGCGAGAUCGAAAUCGUGAUUUGGUGAAGAAAAAGAAAAAGAUUUCAUCGCUGGUAGAUAAUUGCCCGGCGCAUACAAAAGUUACUGAUUUGCUAGUCUAUAACACUUGCUUUCCGUCCGUCGGACACAACAUCAGUACUACAGCUGAUGAAUCAAGACAUGGUACGAUCACUUGA